AUGCAUCGCUCUAUAUUAUUAUGGAAACCAAAGACACUUGCCCAUAUGUUCCGCAAGUUAAAACUGGCCGGCGCCCAUCCCGAUGUUCUUUGGGCCGUAGACGCACAAAAGGCUCAACACAACGGUGAAGAGAUGAUUCGUUUAGAGACAAUGAUGCAUAGAAGAAGUGCAGCCGACAGUAGUGGAAACCGACAAGGCGGUGCAGCCGAAAGCUUUACAUUCUGGUUAGCCGAUAACACACAGAAGAGAUCUUUUCCUCAUAAUAAUAAUAAUAAUAAUAAUAAUAAUAAUAAUAACUCUACGACCUUACGUUCUGUAUCGUGUACGAUUAAUCCAAUAGCCCCAUCACGUCUGGUAAAACAACAACUCUCACAGUUAUUCCGUGAUGCUGGUGUUUAUGAGGAAUUUGAAAUUGGAAAUGAAGGAGUAGAGAUGAAUUUAGAAUCCGUUUUACGGCAUGCAGAUGAACGACAAAGUGAACAUUUACAACAAUCUGGAUCAUUAUAUAUUCGUGGUGAUAAGGCAGUAGAGAUGUUAAGACGAUUUGGUAUUCUUUUAGUUAUUGAAGAAAAUGGAUUUACAUAUCUUGUUACUUUACCAGAAAUUCAUCAUGGAAUAAUGAAGAAGGAAGAAGGAAUAGAUAUUGGGUUAAAUGCUCCUUCUUCUUCUUAUUCUUAUUCUUCUUAUACACCUGCAAAAAGUCUUAUUGGACCUAAUGGAGAAAUAGAUCCAGAUGUUCAGGAAUAUAUGCGAGAACGUGGUCUUCGUGCCUUUGAUCUUCGCAUGGCCGGUUCUCAUUCUUCCGUUGAACGAUUUGUCUCUGCGUUUGAGCGAUUGGAGCGAAUGUAUGAUAUUCAUCGUGGACGAGCCAUGCGAUCUUGUGUGUGUAUAAUGAUUUCCCUUAAAUCUCCUGAUUGUUUUGUGGCUGAAGAUGGAUGUAUUGUUCUUUCUGUACAUCGUCUACCUGCAUGGGAGGAAUUCUUGUUAAGUCUUCCACAGGAAGUUUGGCAACGAUGUGUUCAACAACAUUUAGAUUGGCGAAUAGGAAAUGCCCCUAAACUUCACAAUAGACAACGACAAUUAAUGAAGAUUGCGGAUAUGUUUCAUUUCUUUCGUAUUCACUUAGAUUCUGGUUUGGGUUCUCGUGUAGAUUGGCAGGAACAAUUUAUACUUCGUCUACAGAAAGAGGAAAUGCUUAUACGUAAUGCGGUACGUAAGUAUAAACUUACCUCUGAUCUCAUGAAACGACGUGGGGAAAUACAUGUUUCCUUUACACUACGAAGUUCAAUAGAUUCUAGUAAAGAAAUUGGAUAUCGCAUUGGUGGUGAUGGUCGUCUCUUCUUUAACUAUAAUAUGAUGAAUACUGGACAAAUGCUACGCGUAUUAAAAGAUAAUCUUCAACGAUUAGAAACAUUUCAAAAACAACAUGAUGAUGCCGUGGCUACAUUAGAACAUUUAAGUAGAAGUAUUCCAGUAGACUUUAGUGUAGAUACAGAAUGGAAAUUGCGAGAGGAAGGGAAUUUAAUUCAUUGUCUUCAACGGUUUGUUCAUACCAUUAAAGCCAAUCAAUCCCAAUUAACAUUAUUUUUAUCGGUAUUAUUAAAGAAUAGUAACUCCGCAAAUAUUCCAAAGAAACGAAUGGUGUGGAUUAUAUCUUCACGAUUUGAUACUAUGCCAAGUGGAGUUGUGUUUAUUCCUUGGGAUGUGGACUUUGAGUCCAUUAAGAAACAUUUAUUAACCAAGUCCUGA